AAUCAGCCACCCCAGCCCAGGAGGAGGGAUUAGAUAUGCACCAGCCUAUCAGAUGGCAAGAUAGAGGAGCUGAGCAGGUACCCACCCCAUCCUUUCCCCCUUUUAAAUCUCUUCUUCCAGCUCAGGGAUGUUUAUUCCAGAGCCAGCAAACUCUCCUUGGAGGACUGGGGAAAAAAAUCCCCGAGCAUGGCUAAGCAAAGGUGUGUCCGGUUUUCAACGGAGAAGGUUAUCAGCACUGUCCAUAUUCUGGGCACCGAGCUCUUCCUGGACAUCCAUGGGGCAGCCCCGAGGGCUGCGACCUGCUUCAAGAUCUGGGCCACCCACGGCCUGAACAUCUACAAAAUCGAAGAUCACAUGACAAAAUCAACAAAACCGUCAAAAUCGAAGGUUUCCUGCCAUGACUCAACAUGGCCGCUGGACCGAACCGUCAAGUUCAGCGCCACCAUGGAUGCACCAAGCGACCAAGUCGAUGACGAAAAGAUCAGAGUUUCGUACUAUGAAUGUAACGACAAGGUCCCCAUCGCCAAAGCGAUUCUGCAUAUUACCUGCAUAGAAAUGUCCUUGGAUGCUGAUAUAAACCGUUUGGGAAUGGUGACCAGAGGAGGGAAGCAAAAGGAUCAGUGGACAUGGGAGCCAGAUGGAAAAGGUGCCAUUCUCUUGGUGAACUGCGACCGAGACAAUCCGACAGCCAACGAGGAAGACAACAAGGACACCAAGCUGACGUCCAAGCAAGACCUCCAGGACAUGUCCCGUAUGAUCCUGACAACUCAGGGACCUAAUGAAGUUUUUGCAAACUACCAGCUGACUCUCCAUAUCUCGAAAGCUGAUUGUGACAGAGUGGGAGUCUUCUACGCUCAAGACAAGAAGGAACAGAGAUAUUACAAACAUGUUCUAGGAUCCGAAAAAAUCUCCUACCAUGUGAAACGGAACCUUGGUCAAGUGGAGAGUGUUUUCUACGUGGAAGGGCUGAAAUUUCCUGACAUUGACUUCUCAGGGCUUGUCACUUUCCACGCUUCACUCCUGGAGCCCGCCAAGAAGGAGGUCCCAGAAACUUCCAUUUUCACGGAUACAUUGGUCUUCCGGGUUGCUCCAUGGAUUAUGACCCCAAACACUUUGCAGCCAGUUUCUGUUUACGUCUGCAGUGUUGGUGACAAUAAGGAUUUUGUGGAACAUAUAAGGAAGCUUGCCAUAAAAGCUGGAUGCAAAUAUAUUAUCUGCCCAGAAGAGAAAAAUCGAGGCGACAGAUGGAUCCAGGAUGAGAUGGAGUUUGGGUACAUCCAGGCUCCCCACAAAACAUUUCCGGUUGUCUUUGACUCCCCAAGGAACAGAGGGCUCAAAGAUUUCCCCUUUAAGGAGGUUUUGGGUCCAGAUUUUGGGUAUGUAAAACGGGAACUAAACUCCGAGGAGUCUGAUUCUAGCCUGGACUCAUUUGGGAAUCUUGAAGUCAGCCCUCCGGUGAACGUCAAACAUAAGGAAUAUCCCCUUGGGCGUAUCCUAAUAGGGGCAUCUUUUCCUAG